AUGAGCAUCAGUGCCAUCAUCAUCAGCAGCAGCAGCAUCAGCAUCAGUAUCAGCAAUAUCAGCAACAUCCGCCACAGCAGCAUCAGCAGCAUCAGCAGCAUCAGCAGCAUCAUUAACACCUUCAGCAUCAUCAGCAGCAGCAUCAGCAUCACAUUAUCAGCGUUAGCAGCAUCAUCUUUGUCAUCGACAGCAGCAGCAUUGACAGCAGUAUCGGCAUCAGUAAUAUCAGUAUCAUCAACACCAUCAGCAUAUGAAUCAGCAUUAUCAUCAGCAGCAUCGGCAUCAGCAGUAUCAGCAGCAUCAGCAUCAGCAGCAUCAGCGUCAUCAUUAGCAUCAUCAGCGUCAGCAACAUCAUCAGCGUCAGCGUUAUCAGCGUUAGCAGCAUCAUCUUUGUCAGCGUCGGCAUCAGCAUCGUCAGCGACAGCAGCAGAAUCGUCAGCAGCAUUGUCAGCAUCAGCAUCAGCAUCAGCAUCAUCAGCAAAACAAUCAGCUGCUUCAACAGCGUCAACAUCAGCAUCAGCAGCAUACGUCAGCAACAUCAUCAGCGUCAUCAGCAUCAUCAGUAUCAUCAGCUUCAUCAGCUUCAGCAACGUCAUCAGCGUCAUCAGCAUCAUCAACGUUAGCAGCGUCAGCAGCGUCAACAUCAGCAUCAACAGCAUCAGCAUCAGCACCAGCAUCAGUCUAAGCAGCAUCAGCAUCAGCAUCAUCAGCAUCAGCAUUAUCAGUGUUGUCAUUAACAUCAUCAGUGUCUUCAUCCGCAUCAUUGGCGUCAUCAGCAUCAGCAUCAGCCACCAGUGCGUAAUUAUUAGCAUCUGCAGCGUCAGGAGCAUCAGCAGCAUCAGCAGCAUCACGAGCAUUAUCAACAUCAGCAGCAUCAUUGGCAUCAGCAUUAGCAUUAUCAGUAUCAAUAUCAUUAACAUUAAAAUCAGCAUUAGUUACAUCAGUUACAUCAGCAUCAUCAUCAGUGUCAGCAGCACCAGCAUCAGCUUCAACAUAAGUAGCGUUAGCAUCAUCAGAAUCAACAACGUCAUCAUCAGCAUCAGCACCGUCAUCUUCAGCAUCAGCCUCAGAGUCAUCAGCAUUAUCAGCAUCAUCAGCAUCAUCAGCAUCAGAAUCAAGAGCAUCAUAAUAUCAGCAGCAUCAGCAGAAUCAGCAGCAUCAGUAGCAUCAGCAGCAUCAGCAGCAUCAGCACUGUAUUAG